AUCACACGAGUCAAUCCCACUUCAUCCCUCCAAUCAUAAGCAAGUUUCUCAUUGACAGCUUUAUUCAGGUAGUACUAUUACUAUAGUUUCAUUCAAGGUCAUAAUCCAUAAGAUUCACCAAGUUUUGUGGUUAAGUUAUGGAAGAAGAAACUGGAGAUCUUUUGGAAGACAGUUGGUUUUUCGGAAACUUGCUGCAUACAAAACCAAGAAGUAUAUCUAGAUGUUAUUCUGAUAUUGCUUCUAGUUCUUGUCCCCCUCUUCAUACUCAUUCUCAACCUGAUCCCUUGAAAUCGACUCUAGAACACGUUGUCAAGAUUGAGCAAAAAAAGUCGAGCUUUUCUUCAAGAAAGCAACCUCCCAGUGCUCCUUUAAGUCUAACUCGAACACCUUCUUUGCCAACUUCAAUAGAAACACAAUAUUCUAAUUCUCUUAUGAAAAAGUCUAGUCCAAGUCCUAACUUGAUGUCUUCUGUAGUUGGAGUUGACAAGGAAGACUCAAUGGUUAAAAAAGAUCGAAAAAGCUCAAGCUUUAAUUCAAGAAAGCAACCACCUGUUGCUCCUCCAAGGCUAACACGAAUACCAUCUUUGCCCACUUUAACAGAAACCAAAUCUUAUGUAACAAAAAAGGCAACCCCAAAUUCUAAUUUGACCCAAACAUCAUCCAAGUCAACUUCUGUAGAUGUAAGUUAUCAAGAAGAUGAUGAAGAAGAAUCAGAUCAAGAAAGUGAGUUUACUUUAGGGAGAUUGAUAAGACAAGCAUCCAUGAACUAUUCACAAACAUCGAAUCCAACCCAACAAUCAACUAAGACAGCAACAGUAAACGUGCAAAAGAAACCCGAAGCAGAUCAAAAAAACCUUAGGGACAUGAGAAAGAUGGAGAGGAACCGAAGCAAAAGCACAAAGAGUAGAAGUGGUACUGUUGCUCCUGCAAUUCCAGGAGGAUUGGUUGAUAAAACUUCAUCAGAAGACAUGAAGGCACAUCUCAAGUUUUGGGCUAGAGCAGUAGCUUCUAAUGUGCGUCAGGAGUGUUCGUGAUAGUAAGUUUACUGAAUCGGAAUAAGAUUCAAGUUAAUAAUAUAUCUGAAUCAUGACAAAAAUAAGGUAUCUAAAACUUUGUUUAGAUUCAUUGUAUGUCUCGUUCUUCCAACAUUGGCUGUAGUGGUUGUACAUUUUGCCAUUUUGGCCAUUUAGAUUCAAAUAUGUUUAAAUGAAUUAAAAAAUUAGUACAUAGACUAUUGUAUA